AUGACGACUGAAUACCAUGACAAUGUGGACGAAGAAAUGAGCAAUUUCUGGAACAAAGAGCCUCGUACUGUCAAUUUCUCCAGGUUCUCCAGGUACAGACGAUGGCUCUUUCCUGCUCUGACGGCUACACUCCUCGUGAUUCUGAUCAUAGCUCUGGGAGCCAGCAACACGUCAACAUGGAACCGGUUGUGGUCCUCGGAGAAAAGUGUUUCUAAUCUGACUGAAUCACUGAGGGACACACAGCAGCUCACCAAAGAUACAGCAAAAGAAGUUUUGUCAAUGAAGUUUGCUGUGGAGAACAACAAGGACCAGCUGGCAUCAGUAUCAGAGGCACUGAGGCAGCUCUCAGUCCUGGACGCUCUCCGCAGGACGGUCGCCGAACUCAAAUGUUCUUUUGAACGCUUGGUCAACAACGGCACGACAGCACACGGCUGUUGUCCUCUGAAUUGGGAUUCUUUCGGCACGAGCUGCUACUUAUUCAGUACCACGCCAUUAUCAUGGCACGAUGCCAGAGACUGGUGCAAUGGACACGAAUCUCACCUGGCCAUCCUUCUCACUGACGAGGAGUGGGAUUUUGUGACCCAUCGUAGCAUGGGCUCCUUUCUCUGGGUGGGUCUGACUGAUGAGAGGACUGGGCAGUGGGAGUGGGUCAACCAGACACCCUACAUCAUGAACCGGAGGAGGUGGAGACCUGGGCAGCCUGACGCCUGGACCCAUCAUGGUCUCGGUCCCGGGGAUGAAGACUGCGCUCAUCUUCAUUCUGAUGGACGUCUCAACGAUCUGCACUGCUCCAGCAAAAUGCGCUUCAUAUGUCAAAGGCACACCAUUAAGAACUAA